AUGGUAGAACCGGAGGCGCCCGUCUACCAGAAACCCCCUGCCAAUGGCAAGCGGAAGGCCGAAUCCGAGCUUGAGAGGGUGGACGAAUACCUGGCGCUCGCGAAUUCACAACAAAUCGGAUCUGACACGGCAGUCGACGAGCACAAUGAAGACGAAGGCCAGCCGGUAUCCAAGAACCAGCUAAAGCGUCUUAAGCGGCAGGAAAUCUACGAAGAGUACAAAGAGAAGCGCAAGGCAAAGCGCAAAGAUAAGCGGCACGAGCGCCAGGCCCGCAAACGCGCCGAACGGGAGGCGAAGAUCGCAGCAGCAGAGGCUGCUGGCCUCGACCCAAAGACUGCCCUGCUGCCAACAUCGGAACCUUGGAGACCACACCUAGUACCCGUCGCCUUCAUUAUCGACUGCGAUUUCGAAGAGUACAUGCGCGACCCCGAAAUUGUCUCUCUGGCAAGCCAGAUUGUACGAUCAUACUCGCAGAACCGCCGGGCAAAGUACCAGGCCCACCUGCUUGUCAGCUCUUGGAAGGGCAAGCUGAAGACACGCUUCGAGACUGUUCUCAAGAGCUCACAUGAGCAUUGGAAGGGUGUUCACAUGGUUGAGGGAAACUUCUGCGAGGCUGCAAAAAAGGCGAGCGAAUUGAUGGCGGCAGGCGAUGAACGCGACGCCAUUGACCUCCUCCGUCCAAGAGGAAAGGAGGAGAACGACCCGGACCCCAGCCGCGGUUACGAACCCGACUCUUCUUUGCCCGACGUCGAACUCGAGUCUGAAGAUGUUGACCCAUCUAUCGUCUAUCUCUCGUCAGAGUCUCCUUACACCCUUGAGAGGCUGGAGGCCAAUACCAGCUACGUCAUCGGUGGCUUGGUGGAUAGAAACCGAGAGAAAGGCCUAUGCUAUAAGCGAGCCAGGCAGACCAAAGUCCGAACUGCUAAACUGCCAAUCGGACAGUUCAUGGCAAUGCAGAGCCGCUAUGUGCUUACCACAAACCAGGUGGUUGAAAUCAUGGCGAAGUGGCUUGAAUGCGGCGACUGGGGCGAGGCCUUCAUCAGUGUGAUACCAAAACGAAAGGGCGGCACGCUCAAAAGUCACGGCUCAGUGGCGGACCUGGAUAGUGCGAAUGGCGACAUGGAGGACGGCGAUGGCAGCUCGCCUCCUCCUUUGGACGAGGGCUUACUCGUUGAACCUGAAGCUUCGUUAUGA